UCGUAAUCAUAACAUACCUCUCUGAUCGUCGUCUCUGCCGUGGUUUUCCGCUCUUCGUUUCUCCAUUUCUGAUUCUGCGCAAGGAUUUCAGUUUAUCACGAUGGUGGAUGAGGCACCUUUUAGGCCAAGAGUGAAGCUGAUUGAGAAGCAAAGAUUGUACCAAAGCAUCCAUAGACACACUCAUCUGAAGGGUCCUAUGGACAAGAUCACAUCAGUUGCCAUUCCACUGGCAUUGGCUGGUUCUUCCCUCUUUCUUAUUGCACGAGGAAUAUAUAACAUGUCUCAUGGGAUUGGAAAGAAGGGAUAAGGCCAUCCGAAAAUGACGUAUUGCGUGCUUGAGCUUUGAAUAAUUACUUGGUAGCAAAAUUGUUACCAAAAUUAAUGGUUGUAUGAUUUCAUUCAUUCAUCAAUUUUUUGUUUGCUGCUGAUUGAGCCUUACUGAAGUUCAGUAUACAUGAAUUUAUUUCAAGAGAGAGAUGAUUGUGUUUUCACAUA